UUAGGUUUGGCUCUCUCAUUUCAUUUCAAUGCGUUCAACGGUACGCACGUACGCGCCGUAGUGUUCGUGGCGUUGGUUUGUUCGUGGUUUUUCGAUACUAGUAGCAGCAGCAGCAGCAUACGAAAGGUGUUUCUUCGUGCGACUUUCUUUUUUAACGACGUGCAAGUGAGUUGUUAUUAUUUAUCGGCUUCGCAUCCCCGUCGCGAAGAACGGCAGAAUGGUAUGAUGGUGGUUUAGGGUGCUCACGAGCGGCAGAGUGUUGUGUAGUAUAGUUGCCGAAAGGUGUGUGAAGAGUGUGUAUGUGUGUGUAUGUGCGUGCAUUUCCCUGUGAGGUGUGAUUGAACUUGCCACAGCGGGAAGAGCUCGUAACGUUUGCGUAACGAAGCGACGUGCGGUGAGUCGGCAGUGAAGUGUGAAGAGAGAAUCCGCUACGAAACGCGGAAAUUCCGUUCUAAACCGUGGCAUCUUGAAGAAAACAGUGCUAAAAUACAAGUGUUUCGUGUGUGUGUGAUUGUUCAACUGGAAAUUAUAAGCCAAAAAAGUGUUGCAAAUCGAAGUCCACUAGUGUGUUUGUGUGAGAAAGUGUGUGCCGGUUUUUUAAUGUUUUACUGCGCAUAGUGUUUUGGAGAAAGCGCAAGAACGCGCCAUUAUUCUUCCUUCCACCAGGGGCUUCGGGUGUGUAAUAACGACAUCGCAAACAGAACCGCGAACCGAUGUGGUUGCGUUGAGGGCUUUCGGAAAUUCCCCUCCCCCCCAAUGUGUAGCCCCCGGGCAGGCAAACGUUCCAAUUCCCAAACUCACCUGCAACCUUGUCGUCCGGCCAGAUGAUUUCACCUGCUGUGUCUGAGAGGCUCGUGUGCAUGUGUGUGUGUGCGUGUGUGUUGGGAAAUGAAAAGGAACCCCUCGGAUAUAAAUAAAGCGAAAAUUAAAUAACUCCACCAGGACAACAGUGGGCAGACAAACAAAAAAAAAACAAGCGCCCCACCGUCAAUUCUUGUCCCACCACAUCCUGCUGCGUCCUCGACCGUAUCCUUGUGGACUCCGUUUUCGGCAGAGGUUCCCGGGUGUUUCGUGUUUGUUUGUGUUGCCGUGCAGUUGUGUUGCCACGGCACUGUGAGUCCACGUGACCUCCGCCAUCGAGUCGUGCCGUCUGCUGGGAGGCAUCCUUUGGAAAAGCGCAGGACACGUGCCGUUACCAACGCUUCCGGACGUACGCCAUCGAUACAGGUAAGCGAUUUGCGCGCGGCGGGAAGAUGACGUGUUACGGCGAUUGCGAAGGCUUCAUUAUAUGCUGCUAAUUUGAGAAGAGCGGACAAAGACGACUCCAGGCGGGAGAGAACACCGUUGCAUCACUCACGUGUCAGUUGCUGUCGCGUUCGGCACCUUUCGGCGAGUCAGCGAGCACCGUUGGACCGUCGGUGAUUCCUGCCAAGACAGCAAGCAGCACGCUGAAGGAAGCGGCUGAUUAAAGUCCUCAGCCAUCGCACUCGGCCGAAGGAGCGCUUGUAGCAAGCUUUCUUUCUAUCCGGCUAUCUCCGGUGCGACACACGCGCAAACGAGGAGCAGCGAGGGUGAAGGUCCAGGAACCUUGGGGCGCAUUAUCCACAUGCGCAACAGUGUGACCGGGAGCAGCAGUAGCAGGGUCGUACUUUCCAUUUAUUAUUUGUCACUAUGCGACACCGGUUACCUCGGAUGCCGGCACACUCGGAGAUGAUUGAUAGUGUGGCGUGGAACAUCAUGAACAGCAGAGAAACCGACGCCGGUGCAAAUUCAAAGCUGGAAAGAACGUAGACGCUAGCGAGCAGCACCAAUCCAACCUUCGUCCAUCCACAAUCCAACCAGCCUCCACUAAGGAAACGGAUAUACGCAGCCAAUUUUCACAAAAGCUUGAUCUCAUAGCAACGCGAGCGGUUUUUGGUGACGCCGAAGGACCGAAGGACAGAGAAAUUGGAAAAUUAAUCAUCAGAAUUGGGAAAACCCAAUCCACCACCCUCCCGUACAAGAUGCCGGCAACAACGGUGAAGAGUGAAGCGACUGACCAGCACAACAACUGUGAUAAUGAGGAGGAGGAACCGAAAGACAUGAAAAAUGCGCAUCUCAUUAUCAACGAGCUUCGCAACCGGUGCCGAAAUCAAUCGGAGCAAAUCAUGGCCUGGAAGAAGGCGUUCUCGUUACAGCAAGAACAGAACCACCGGCUGCAGAAGGAAAAGACGGAGCAGCUAAACUAUCUGACCAGCCAGCUGCUGCUGCUCGAGUCGCGCAUCAUGCGCAAACAGAAGCAGGUGUCGAACGUGAUCUAUCAGCGCGAGCUGACGAUCUACCGGCAGCAGAAGAUCAUCGAAACGCUUUCUAGUCGCCUGAUCGACCACGGCAUCAUGGACGUGGGCAUGGACGCACCGAUGCACACCGGCAGCAACAGCAACGACUUCGAUUCGCUCAACGAUUCCGAUUCGGCCGUCGUGCUGGAGGACGUCGAUUCGGACUGCAACAGUUCGAUCUACUUCGGGGGCGGUAGCAUUAGCGGUGGCGGCAGUCUAAAGUCACGCUCGAACAAGAUGACGAACGACGUGACGAUCGUGCGGUCAAUCUCGGACGCGAUAGAGACGAACCUGAAGUACAACAAUACCCGCCGCUCGAACUGCUUUCUGCGGCGGCCCGAAAUACUGGAAACCGUGUACAGCGUGGAGGAAGAUCCGGAGCCACAGAAUGCUCAGGCCGGCGGUGGUGGUACGGGCACAAACACCACCGGCAGUGCACCGGGUAGCGGGUCCACCACGGGGCCAACGUCACCAAAACCGGAUGCAGUUAGCGAGAAGCGGGAUAAGUUUAAAAAUCGUACCGAAAAGUGUAUCUCCACCGAUCAGCCGGAAGGGGCACGGCAAGAGGGUGCACCGGUCAUCAUUACGAGCAGUAGCUGUGACGUGGAGUCGGUCCUGUGCGAGACACCGUCGCAGGGCUGUAAGGUCCAGGGAGCGGUCACGAACUUUAACCGCGUCAUGUCCAACCAUCGAUCGGUGACGAAACCGAAGGACGUGAAGUACAAGCGCAUCAACAAGGCCAAAUCGAAGAGUCUGGAGGAGUUGCGCGGUCGGCUAAAGCACUGGGUCGAACGGGGCACCUGUAACGUGAACCUAACGCUAGACCCCACCGGUGGUGCGCAUCUGACCGGACACCUUUCGGAGCACUGUGGCGCCGGUUCGUUACAGCAGGCGCAGGCCCAACAGCAACCAAAUCUGGCACAAAGCUAUGCGUGACCUGAACCGAAGGCCCGUGUGCGGGGCAGCAUUUAAUGGGAGUUUGGCGUGUGUGUGAUCAAUCUUCCGGGCGUAAGGAAGGGUAUAUUUCCGAGCGAUAAAAAUUACAACAAAAUGCUUUGUUGGCGAACCGUUCUAGACAAGCGGAGUGAAAAUUUGAGUCUGAUCGAACCCCCGCAACUACUGCGUACCACUAUUUAUUGCGUUUUGCUUAGAGUUUAAGAUGGAAGACGGGAGGAAAGCGUGGUCACAGCAAGGAUUUGUGGAGCGAAUUGAAAACAAACUCACUGCAUACUGACUGAGUCAGGUUACCUAAGAGAGCCAGCAAGGUAGGAGGGCGAUUUUGUGUAAAAAAGAGAGUAUAAAUUAAGUUCGAAAAGAUUUAGCCAUUUUGCAGUCGUGUAAUCUGGUGGCGUCACAGCGUCACAGAGACAGGCAACAGCGCUAGAACAGUGUUAGGCUACACAGCAAACUCCUACUACUACUACUACUUCUACUACUAAUCGUAAGAUAAUCAUGCAGUGCAGUGAGACUAGGGUAUAGCAACGCCGGCACUACCUGCAAGCACAGGCAACUUUACAAACUCCCCAAGCGGGGAAACAUUUUGUACACUACACGUUCUCUCCAAAUGAUCGUUCGAUCAGUAAUGCGCUGCAGAAGGUGUACACAAUUUGUAGCAACAGUUUAUCCCAUACGAGAUGAUUUGAACGUCUGCUAGUAUAGCCAUGUAAGACAGGCACCACCGCCACACGAUCACAUCGUCAGAGUGAGGUUCCAGCGUGGGCCUCUUUCUCUCUCUCUCGCUAUCUCAGCUCUCGUCUAGUGAUACGUCGGUAGGUGUUGUUGGUGAUCUUUCCUUCCAAAGUCAAGAGAUAUAUUUAUACCUAUCGCGAUGGAAUGCUUUCCCGUCUUGCAAGAGGAUGACGUGUCCUUGUCUUUUAAGCGCAUGACACCAUCGCCGGUGUUUUCGAGAAUGUUCCUUUAAGUAAGAAGAAGUUUUGUAGAUUUUCUAUCCUAUUUGUUCGAACGUAACUGUACGGUUUCUUCCUUGCGAGCUUUCGUCUCCAGCCCCAUUUUCUCCGCUUUCCUUACCUCACCGUCAGUGGUUUCAAUGUACCGUUUUGUACGCUUUUCUCAAAUAAUGGCCUACAGCGGAGGCUGCCUUCCAUGCCAGAAAGGGACACUGUACCUCUCUUAUCCUGCUCUUACACUCUUCUUCACAAGCUGAUAGCACGUAAGGCAUGUACAUACAACCAAUCGUACCUUUUACUCACCGUAAGGGUCGAUGGCAAAGGUAAAAUCAAAGUCCGCGAUCCUCAGCAGCGAGGAAAAGAUUAUGAACAAUUAAUUGUAAGUGCACGCACGGCCAGCCGCCACCUGCCUUGGGGGCGAGGGGCAAGGUGUGGUCCUUGGGGAGGGGGACAAGCAGGCAGGCAGCAUCGAUAUCGGGUUAGUGUGUACGUAUUACGAUAUAUUGGAGGGCUUGCUUGUCCCCAGUUGUCUAAACAAGGCAUGUAAAGUUUAGUGAACACAAAAUUUAAAAAAACAAUUACAACAUACAAAGAACGCACGAUGUGCUGCGUGAAGAAGGGGAAGCAGUAGAGUGUGUCUAUGUGAGCAUAUGAAGCUAGAAAGCGGUAGCAGAGUAGCAGAAAGGUCAAAUUUAUGUAAUUAAGAAUUGAGAAAGCAAAGUUUCAACUUAAGCAAAUCACAAUCUUCGAAGGAGACAUCGAGCAAAUCUUAGAACGUGUGUAUGGAAACACUACGACCCCAAAAAACAAACAAACGCUCUUGUACAGCAAACAAAGUACUCCAUGAUCGAUAGAUUCGCAUCAAUUCUGUAAUUUAAAGCAACAACACAAAAAACACAUAUGCUUGAAAUAUAAAAGUGCGAUUCAUAUUUUCAACGCUGAACUCUGUAA